AUGAGGCCUGAGAACCACAGCAGCGUGUCCCAGUUCCUCCUCUUAGGGCUCCCCAUUCCGCCAGGGCAGCAGGGCGUGUUCUUCACCCUGUUCCUGGGCAUGUACCUGACCACAGUGCUGGGCAACCUGCUCAUCAUCCUGCUCAUCAGGCUGGACUCUCGCCUGCACACGCCCAUGUACUUCUUCCUCAGCCACUUGGCCUUCACUGAUGUCUGCUUUUCAUCUGUCACUGUCCCUAAGAUGCUCAUGAACAUGCAGACUCAGGAUCAAUCCAUCCCCUAUGCAGGAUGUGUAACACAGAUGUAUUUCUUCAUAUUUUUUGGUUGCAUUGAUAACCUUCUCCUUGGAGUGAUGGCAUAUGACAGGUACGUGGCCAUCUGUCACCCUCUACAAUACACCACCAUCAUGGGGGAAAAACUGUGUACCUCACUAGUGGCUGUAUCCUGGUUAUUUUCAUGUAGCAGUGCAAUGUCCCACACUCUCAGCCUGGCCAGGCUCAUGAGGAGGGAGAACCAGAGCAGCGGGUCCCAGUUCCUCCUCCUGGGGCUCCCCAUCCCGCCAGGGCAGCAGGGCGUGUUCUUCACCCUGUUCCUGGGCAUGUACCUGACCACGGUGCUGGGCAACCUGCUCAUCAUCCUGCUCAUCAGGCUGGACUCUCGCCUGCACACGCCCAUGUACCUCUUCCUCAGCCACUUGGCCUUCUCUGAUGUCUCCUUCUCAUCUGUCAUUGUCCCUAAGAUGCUCAUGAACAUGCAGACUCAGGAUCAAUCUAUUUCCUAUCCAGAGUGUGUAACACAGAUGUAUUUUUUCAUAUUUUUUGGUUGUACUGAUACCCUUCUCCUUGGAGUGAUGGCAUAUGACAGGUAUGUGGCCAUCUGUCACCCUCUACAUUACACCACCAUCAUGAGGGAGGAGCUGUGCAUAUUUCUGUUGGCUGGAUCUUGGCUCCUCUCCUGUGGCAGUGCUCUGUCCCACACCAUCCUCCUGGUUCAAUUGUCCUUCUGUGCUGACAUUAUCCCUCACUUCUUUUGUGACCUCGCUGCCCUGCUUAAGCUCUCAUGCUCAGACAUCUCCCUCAAUGAAAUGUUUAUCUUUGCUAUUGGGGGAGUGAUCAGUAUCCUGUCAUUUACUGGGAUUCUGGUCUCUUACAUUCAAAUUGGGGUCUCCAUCCUGAGGGUCCCCUCUACCAAAGGUAUGUACAAAGCCUUGUCCACCUGUGGCUCCCACCUCUCCGUGGUGUUUCUAUUCUAUGGGACAAUUAUGGGUCUGUACAUUUUCCCAUCAUCAAACAACUCCAAUGACAAAGACAUAAUUGCCUCAGUGAUGUACACAGUGGUGACCCCCAUGCUAAACCCCUUCAUCUAUAGCCUAAGGAACAGAGACAUGAAGGGGGCUCUGGGGAAACUUUUCAAGAGGGAGAUCCUUUUCUCUAAGUGA